GCGGCAAUCGGUUUCCAAUGCGCGUUCCUAUUGCCGUGCAGUUGGGGCUGCUGGUCCUCUUGACGGCCCUUGCUGGUCUGGCGGCUCUAGCCAUCGCAACAUGGAUUAACAACUACAACUUCGUCGUCGACGUCAAGUCUCAAAGCCUUCAACUCGUCGCUAGCAUCAAGUCUAGUCAGAUCACCAGCAAUUUGGAUCUACUCGAAACGACGUCCAAGACAAUCAUCACUCGCAUUCUCAUACAAUCCGCCUUACAGCGCUAUUAUGCUGGUAAUACAACCGAGGAAAAUUUCGCCUCGUCGAUCACCGACGUGCAAUCAGCCCUAGGUAGUCGCGGGUAUCUCAGCCUCUACCAAGCCAGCAUCUAUGCGAGAAAUGUCGAGAACGGAGAAUCAAAAGCAAGGCGAUUACUCAACGUGACCAGCGACGAGGUUCCUGAAAUCAGGCUUCCCUAUGAUCAUCCGAAUGGCACAGCGGUGAUGCUUGGGGAUGAAGGAUUGGGAUAUCCACCCUCACUCUAUCCGAAUCUGACAGAAGAUGCGACCACGAACAAGUUAUACGCUUUUGAUGGUGUGCCGAUAACCACGAACCAGCCGUUACUUCUGGGACCGCUCGCCACGAACGAUUCUUUCUCGCUGAUUUCCUUGUCGCUGCCGAUUAUCAACAAUACUUCAGCUGCGGAUAUUCUGGGCUAUAUUACUGUCGUUGCGAGCGCCGCGAAUCUGCAGGAUGCGAUGAGCUCUCGGCAAGGGCUUGGAAGCUCCGGUCAAGUCCUCCUGCUUGCCCCUUCUAGACCGGAAAAUCGUUUCCCUACCGGCUCCCGGCCUGCCACGGCAACCUCAGAACCACAGAUUGCUGGCUUGGACAACCAGGAAGUACGGUACGUGUUCAGGCCGACUCCGUUGCCAGGGAACAAGAGACGGCACAGUCCCGCUGUCGCUUCCGGAGCAUCUUUCCCUUUGCGCGAUUAUCCUAUCGCGCUCAAGGUCUUGAACCAGCCGUACGAUUCAAUCAACCACUCAAUCACCGAUCUUUCGUCAAAGAAUGAGAAUGGCACCCGUGUCGCGGUCGGUGCAAUUCAGCAGCGAUCCGACUUGGUGGAAUGGGUGCUAAUCAUCGAAGAGACCCACGGAGAGGCGUUUGCCCCGGUUUCCCGUCUUCGAAAAAUCAUUUUGGCUUGCGUAUUUGGCACUGCUGGCGUUAUUGCUCUGCUCAUCCCGCCGCUCGCCCAUCUUUCAGUAGCGCCUAUUCGGAGACUCCGCGAGGCGACUCGAAAGUCCGUUAAUCCCACAAUUGGGCCCUUAAGUCCGUCGUUGUCAACCAUGGUUGACCCCAUUGAAAUAUCAAUGCAUAAUGGCAACGAAAAGAGCGAGAAAGGCGGAUUCUUCAACCGGCUCAAACGAGGCAGAGGCAAUUUAGCAACCGGUCAUGAUCGCGACAACGAACCGCAUCAGUUCCAAAUCCCCGGCCGUGUCAAGGAGCGUAAGCAUAUCAUUACGGAUGAACUAACCGACCUGACGAAGACAUUUAACGAAAUGUCCGAUGAACUCGUGAUCCAGUACAAUCGUCUUGAGGAGCGGGUGGCAGAGCGAACCCGUGAGCUUGAAAAGGCCAAAAUAGCGGCAGAGACAGCGAAUGAGAGUAAAACUCUCUUUAUCGCCAAUAUAUCUCAUGAGCUCAAAACGCCGCUGAAUGGGAUUCUUGGUAUGUGUGCGGUCUGCAUGGGUGAGGACGAUCUUCCGCGGAUCAAAAGGUCGCUUCAGACUGUAUACAAGUCGGGCGAUUUGCUGUUGCAUCUAUUGAAUGACCUGCUCACCUUUAGCCGGAACCAAAUUGAUCAGGCCAUUAGGCUUGAAGAAAAAGAGUUCAAGCUCUCGGAUAUCCGGUCGCAGUUACAGAUUAUCUUUCAGAACCAGGUCCAGGAAAAGCAGAUAUCAUUCAGUAUCAAGUUCUGUCAUCCAGACACUCCUCCGAUCAAUGACACUCCAGAAGUUAUAUCUCGCGCACCUGGUCCGGUAUAUGGGCCGCCGGGAACCGCCAAAUUGAAGGACAUGGUCCUAUGGGGAGAUCAGCACCGGAUCUUACAGAUCCUGAUCAACCUAGUGGGCAACAGUCUCAAGUUCACACCUGAGCAGGGCACCGUCGCGAUCCGCAUCAAGUGCGUCGGCGAGGAGAAGAACCCUUCCGCCAGCCCAAGACCGGAGUCAAGAGCUCUCUCGCGCUGGCGAUCUAUAGGCUCAUCCCAUGCCAGCUCGCGUCCCAAAACCUCCCUCGACCGUCCCAGGGACGGUGGAGACGAAGAGACAACACGCCCACCGAACUUGCGCACGCUCAUCCUUCAAUUCGAAGUUGAGGACACUGGCCCCGGAAUUCCGCAGCACCUGCAAAACCGCGUCUUUGAACCGUUUGUGCAAGGUGACCUCCGUCUAAAUCGCAAAUAUGGUGGCACGGGCUUGGGUUUGAGUAUCUGCUCGCAACUGGCCAGGCUCAUGAGAGGUCAGAUACAGCUAAAUAGUGAGCAGGGACGGGGCACGCUAUUUUUAGUCCGGAUCCCGUUGGGUUUUGUCAAGGAAUCUCCCCCAAGCACCGCCAGCUCGAUGACGAGUCUAGCCGGGUCGCGGACGUCGAGCGUUUUCUCGUUGGAUGACCUGGCGAGUGUCACUAAGGCGCCGUCUAAUCAUAGCGUCGCAUCUCAACAUGAAUCAACGAAGAGCAAUGCUGAAAUACAGGACUCACAGCCUCGCUUGGUUGGCUUGAGUCAACCAUUCUUUGCGCCGCCUGUUCCGCAAGCUAAGGACAAUGGGCUGAAGAAGAUAAGAGCGUUGGUAGCUGAGGAUAAUGUGGUUAACCAGGAAGUGGUUCUAAGAAUGCUGGCGUUAGAAGACGUCUAUGACGUGACUGUGGUCAAAGACGGCCAAGAGGCUUAUGACACCGUGAAAGCCAAUAUGGAGGAGGGCAAAGUAUUCGAUUUGAUUUUUAUGGAUAUUCAGAUGCCAAACCUAGACGGCAUUGAAAGCACCCGUCUUAUCCGUCAAAUGGGCUGUUCGGCCCCCAUCGUCGCGCUGAGCGCAUUCUCAGAAGACAGCAAUAUCAAAGAUUGCAUGAACUCGGGAAUGGACAUGUUUAUCAGCAAACCGAUUCGACGGCCGGCAUUGAAGCAGGUAUUACGGAGGUUUACCCCCAUUCCUGAGGAAGCGGAGAAACCGCAGAUGUGAAUUUUCUCUGUAACAUAUUUGGGUACAUUGUGUUUUUAUAGUGUUUGCAACGCAGAUUUGAAGUAAA